AUGGCGAUGCACGAGGUCCCCACAUAUCCUCACACACCCCUCGCAUUCCCAGCAUCGACGUAUGACUUGCGAUACGGCCUCGGACUGCAGCGUGUGGACCCGCAACUCGACGCGUCGUAUCGUCCCUUUGCGGAUUCGCAUGAGCGGAAGCCGUACUUGUACGACCUUCAGGACACUCUUGUCCACUACAAUAUCGGCACACCUAUUGACUUGCUAUCCCAACCGCGUCCCAUUUACUUCACCGACUCCGUUCAGCAGAAAAUGAACCUGCAGGAACACUUCCUGAUGAUAUUGAUUGCAGGAUGCAUUGUCGCAUCUUCGUUCGCCUACUUCUUCCUUGAGCGUAUCCUCCGGCGAGCUGGCGUAUACCCAUCCAUGCCCGUAUUCAGCAAGCAGGAGCUUGUAGCGAACUAUGACGCAACACUGUCUAGUUACAGUGCUGCACAGGCACAUUGGCAAUCGGCCUGGGAUACGCACCUCGGCCCACGAUGGCGUAGCCUAUGGCAAUGGUGCAGCCAACAUCUCGCAUACGCAGCGAGCAAACUAUCUCCCUCCCUUCAGCCUGGGGCAUUACGUCCGUUUUCUCACGCUUAA